CAGCUUCUUUACUAUAUUCGGCUGGAAAUUUUGGAGAAUCAAUUUCCAUACUGGAGGAUGCAGUCAACUUAAUACCCAGUGUUGAUCUACGAUUCCUCAAACGCGAUGACCAGCAGCACAUGCUGUCGAAAAUUUCCGGCCUAGCCUCAAUUGCCGCUUCCGUUGCCCUUCAGGCCGGGAGAUCAGCCUAUGACGGUCUCAAGAUACUAGAACUUGGUCGUGGGAUAAUUAUGGGCAUUUUAAUUGACUCAAGAUCUGAUGUUUCGGACCUCAAAACUGACCACCCACUCACAUUCGCCCGAUUUCACCGUCUUCGAGUUGAGAUUGACUCGCCAGCAGAUGGAAUCAACAACACAAGUGGUGAAACACCCAAUAAAUGCCAAAAUAGUGUUAUAUCCAGACGGUGGGAUGCUGUCAAUGAGAUGGAAGAAACUCUAAGAUACAUCCGUAGUUUACCAGGCUAUGCCGGAUUCCUGCUUCCGCCUUCUCAGGAUGCACUGAUGAAAAUGGCAACCAAUGGUCCAAUCGUUGUCUUCAACUGCACCGCUUAUAGGAGCGACGCCAUAAUUGUCACCACCUCAGCUAUAACUUCCUUGCACCUUCAAAAAUUGAAGUACGAAGAAACAAGUCGCCGCAUGAAGCAAUUGGCCAGUUUUGGAGGAGGAUCCCUGGUUAAGCAAGGUCAGGAUACCAAGAAGCUGAAAGGACUCCUGCUUUGGUUGUGGGACGUAGCAGUAGGGCCCGUUAUUGACCAUCUUCAAUGGGAAGGAACCCCUUUCAGCGAGAGUGUUCACGACACCAAUUCGAGGCGGAUUUGGUGGAUCGGGGUAGGGCAAUUAAGUAUGGCGCCCUUCCAUGCUGCCGGGGAUCAUUCGCCAGGCUCAACCCGAAACACUUUAAGUCGAGCCAUCUCAACAUAUAUCCCGACAAUAAAAGCCCUCUCCUACGCACGCCAAUCACACCUCCAGCUAUUCGAUGAAUAUGGAGCUUCCUUUUCGCUGGGACGCUCCAAGAAAGCCAAAAUUCUCCAAAAACGGAAUCCUCGCUUACUUCUCGUUCCCAUGCCGAAAACGCCCGGUGCCGCUGACCUGCCGGGUGUUGGUCAAGAAAUUCAACAUAUACUUGAUUCUACGGACAAAAACUCGAUUGAGGCCACAGUUGUGGCGAAUCCAACCCCGGCAGAAGUUCUCGAGAAAGUUAAGCACCACGACAUUGUCCACUUUGCCUGUCACGGAAAGUCUUGCAUGAACCCUUCGGACAGUCACCUGGCUCUAUUUAGCCAAAAUGGAUAUAAUGCUGACAAACUCCUUGCUCGGGAUAUUUCAAAUCUGGUUGCGCAAAAUGCCCAGAUCGCAUACCUUUCGGCUUGCUCAUCCGCCAAAAACCCCUCUGCCGGGUUAGCCGACGAAGUGAUACACCUAGCCAGCGCAUUUCAACUCGCCGGAUUCACUCAUACCUUCGCAAACAUGUGGGAAACCAAUGACAAUGCGGCCUGUGAAGUUGCGAGAGACUUCUACAACAUGCUUUUCCAAAAUCGAGAAAGCGGAGAAGACGACCACCAGCGUGUCUCUACCGCUUUUUAUAAGGCUGUGAAGAAAGUCCGAGACGCUAAACCAGGCAGCCCUCUCCUAUGGGCCCCCUUCGUACACACGGGU